AUGGCUAGCCCUCCAGUGCUAGCCUUUGAUGCUGAGGGGCGCCCAGUGAAGUUCGACACCUGGCUUGAUGACCUACACCUCUUCCUACAGCUCACUGCCAAGGAAGACAUCUCGCUGUACGAUCACGCCCUAGGCCACGCUACUGCUCCUGCUGCUACUGCCGACAGCACUGCUCGCUCACAGUGGCAGACUCGUGACGCCCAUGCUCGCUUCGCUAUCCGCAACUCUCUGCCGAAAGAUGAGCGCGAGCACUUUGGGCAGCACAAGACUGCACAGGCACUGUACACUGCUGUCGUUGCCCGCUACUCCUCACCGGCCUCUGCUGCUCUAGGCCGUCUCUCUCUUCCCUACCUGUUCCCCGACUUAGCUUCCUUUCACACUGACGCUGACCUCAUUACCCACCUCCGCACUAGUGAGGCUCGCUUCCGCGCCGCUAUGCCUGAUGAGUUCCUAGCCACGAACCCACCCCCGCUCUGGAUCACUCUCUACCACCUAGUCACGCGCCUCUUUGACUCGCUGCGCUCAGUCAGGGACCACUUCCUCGCUCGCUGCCCCACCGAGCUCACCAUUGCCCUCCUCGAGAAGGAACUCCUUGCAGCCGAGACUAGCAUAGUCGCUGUAGGUGCCUCUCGCGGUGACCCCCGCACCCCGUUCUUUGAGGGGUGUUCUCCCUCCCCCCUUCUUCCCUCUGACGCCUCUGCUGCUGCUGUCGACCUCCUUGGUGCUGAGAAGGUCGGGACUGCGUCUGCUUCGGCCGGACGCCGCAGCGGCAAGGGCAAGGGGGGCAAGAGCGGUGGUGGUGACAGCGGGGGUGGCGGUGGUGGGGGAGGUGGUGGCGGGGGGGGUGGCGCGGGUGGGGGAGGUGGCAGCGGUGGUGGGGGUGGCGGCAGCGGCGGGGGAGGUGGCCGGGGCGGAGGAGGUAGUGGGGGUGGCGGUGGACGAGGCAGCGGCAAGGGUUGGGGUGGUCGAGGAGGUGGUGGCGGGAGUGGUGGGCGUUGCGGCACUGGCGGUGGCCAGGGACACCAGCACACUCCCUCGCCCCAGGAGGUCCGUGAGUGGUACUCUCAGCACGGGGGGGGGGGGGGUGGCCUUAGCUGCACGUACGUCAUUCGCACUGGUGACCGCACUGGCCAGCCGUGUGGGGGACCGCACGCCACACAGCGUUGCUUCGCUCGUCUGAGCGACGCUUGGCGUGUUCAGUUCCCUCAGGCCACUGAGCUGCCCCGCUGGCUUGAUCUCCUGAAGAAGGGGAUUGAUAUCUAUGCUCUAGAUUUUGAUGCUAUUCUCACUGCCAUGUAUGUGAUGUCUACUAGUGGAGAGGGUUCUGAGUACCUGAGUGUAACGCCAGACCCGGGCAUUAGGACGAGUGCGUCUGCUGCUCCAGGUACCCACGUGUCUGCUACCCCAAGUGCUGGUGAGGCUGCUGCUCUAGGUGCGUGCGUGUCUGCCCCCCCUGGUACUGUGUCGACUGCAGCACUGCACACCUUCACGCUGGAUUCAGGUGCCUCUCGCUGUUUCUUUCGUGACCGCACUGCCCUUGAGCCCCUUGCUCGGCCAGUUGCUGUCUCCCUUGCUGACCCCUCUGGGGGUCUGGUCAUUGCGACCUCCUCCACUGUCCUUCCCUGCCCUGCGGUCCCGUCGGGCACACUGUCAGGUCUCCACCUCCCCUCGUUCUCCACGAACUUGGUGGCAGGUUCUGCUCUCCAGGACGGGGGUGUUCACCAGUUCACUCCUGCCUACGAGCGUGUGACACACUGCACGUGUGCUCGUACGGGCCGCCACUUGGCUACCUUCACCCGGCAGCCGGGGUCGGACCUGUACACACUGAAUACUGCCUCCCCUCAGGUCGCUGUGUCUGCGUGUGCGUUUGCGUCCGCGUCAGGUCAGCUGUCUGCCCCCUGCUCGUGUCGCUCUCUAGCGCACGAGACUGUCCUCUGGCACCACCGACUUGGCCACCCGUCUGUGCAGCGCCUCCGUGCCAUGCACUCCCAGUACCUUGUCUCUGGUCUUCCCAGGGUUCUCCCUCCUCUCCCACCCUCGCCUGCUCCUCCCUGCCUUCCCUGUGUCGAGGGGCGGCAACGCGCCGCUCCUCACUCCUCCUCGUUUCCCCCGACGACUGCUCCUUUGCAGACGCUCCACAUGGACGUGUGGGGCCCAGCCCGCGUCCGUGGUCAGGGUCAGGAGAGGUACUUCCUGAUCGUUGUUGACGACUACUCGCGCUACACCACGGUCUUCCCCUUGCGCACCAAGGGUGAGGUCCCUGAUGUUUUGAUCUUUUGGAUCCGCAGAGCUCGUCUCCAGCUCAGCGAGCGUUUCCGCUCGGACUUUCCUGUCCUGCGCUUGCACUCUGACAGAGGUGGUGAGUUCUCCUCCGACCUCUUGGCAGCCUACUGUGCUGAGCACGGCAUUGAGCAGUCGUUCACGCUUCCGGCCUCUCCACACCAGAAUGGGGUUGCGGAGCGCCGCAUUGGCCUGGUCAUGGAGGUCGCUCGUACCUCCUUGAUCCAUGCGGCUGCCCCCCAUUUUCUGUGGCCGUUUGCGGUCCGGUACGCUGCGCAUCAGCUCAACCUCUGGCCCCGUGUCUCCUUGCCGGAGACCUCGCCCACACUGCUGUGGACGGGGGAGGUAGGCGAUGCGUCGCGUUUCCGGGUCUGGGGAUCUCGAGCUUUUGUUCGCGAUUCGUCUGCGGACAAGCUCUCCUCUCGUGCUGUUCUCUGCGUCUUCCUCGGCUUUGUCCCGGACGCACCUGGUUGGCAGUUUUACCACGCCACCUCGCGCCGGGUCUUGCCCUCUCAGGACGUCAAUUUUGUUGAGUCUGUCCCCUACUACCGCCUCUUCCCCUACCGCACUUCCCCGCUCCCUCCCCCGCCUCUCUUCCUCGCGCCAGGUGCUGGUGUCGUAGACCCCCUCCCCCCUCAGGGUGCCGCUCCCUCAGGUGUGUCUCAGGUAGACCCGGUCGAGCCUGUUGAGGUUGCUGUCGACUCUCGUCCUGCUAGGGGUGCUGAGCCUGGGGCCUGGGGGUGCGGACACUGGGGGUGUUGA